CCCAGCUCGGCCGCCCAGCCCCGCCCCGUGCUCCCGCGGGGUCGCGACAGCUCUCGCGAGGUUUGGUGGCGCGGAGCGUUGCGGUUCGGAGCGGCGCCAUUUUGGGAUCUAGGCGAGCGGCAUUUAGCGUUACGGUGAGCCCCAGGAGUCGGAGCCUUUUGCCUCAGCUGUUGGUGUUGGGAGGAGGAGCGGCGGGAGCCGAUCAACCGCAGCUGCUUUCUCUCAAAACGGAGAAACACUGGACGCUGUUGGGGAUUACUUGUCCGAGUGCUUCCUCCUGAACAGCCUUCAGAAGCAGUCAGUGGACGGCGCGGAAGAGAUUGGGAGUUCCAAGUCCUCUUUGUGGAAGUGCAGAGGAUCUCACCUUCAGACACACAGUAUGGAUACACGGCUGAGUUCAUCAAGUUCGGAACGUUUUUGCUAUCCAAUAAAGUGCUUUUAGGUUUAUAGGCAUUUUUUUCCUUCUGAGCACCCUCUACAACUGGAUUUUUAGGCUGUCUCCAGGUCAGAUACAGUCUGAGUCACUGUAUGGACAUUAUUGAAAAGUUCCAUGGCAGAUAUUAUUACCCUUAUAUUAUUUUUUAGAUUUUCUUACUUAGCCUUUUGCAAUUAUGCAGUGCAACCUAUUUUCUAAAUGAAGAAUCUAACAGAAAUCUGUUUAUCUUUUUUCUCUUUAUUUAAUUUUUUGGAAAAACAUUAUUGCCAAUAAGCAAUAUGGCGGUAUCUAGAUAGCUGCUGUUUACAGAUGCUUCUGUUACUUGGAAUGAAGACGUGUUCCUCAGUUCAGAUGUGAAAUUUGGAUUUUCAGCUUUACAGAAGUAUAUAUAUUUCGUUUGGAGCUGAUGGUUCUCAUAGUGAUAUGUUCAUGGAAUAGACAACAGAAAAAGCUUUCAAAGAAAAAGACAAACUUUUUGAGUUGGGAGACUUGGUAGAUUUUGAAAUCUGUAAGCAAGAAGGAUGGGUAGCUGAUUCCUGUGAGGUCAAAUCUAUGUCAAACAGCUACGAAUGUAGUAUCAAGAAGAACUUGGGGUAUUAUCUCAAGGGAAACAAACUGGAAAAAGAUAAAUCGUGUGGAGCUAACACCUUGUGCGGUCCUUUUGGAUUAGGUUUGUGCUCGACUGAAUCGAUACUACUUAAAAGAAAAUUAAGAUGGACAGAACAACUUAAUUCAAAAGGACUUGCCAUGAGGUGCUAAAGCCUUGUUUCAUUGAUUUGGAGACACUGGACCUAAAUGGCGCAGCAUGACUUUGUUCCUGCCUGGCUUAAUUUUCCUACUCUGCCAUCAUCAACAAAGUCAUCACUGAACUUUGAGAAGCAUUCUGAAAAUUUUUCAUGGACAGAGAAUCGUUAUGAAGCAAAUCACAGAAGGCACAACUCUUCUGAUGCAUUUGAUCCUAACAUCGGGCGACCUAAUGGAGGGCAUUUUGGGAGAAAAGAGAAGAAUGGUUGGCGUUCACAAGGCAGAAAUGGUACAGAAAAUACAAACCACCGUGGAGGAUACCAUGGUGGAGGUUCCCGCUCUCGUACCAGCACUUCCCACUGUGGGAAAAGCCAAGGACUGCAUGAAAAUAAUGUACCUCAUAAUGAUACUGGGAAAAAGGAAGACAAGGAAGUACCCAAACAAUUUGAGGCUGAGGAUUUUCCAUCUUUAAAUCCUGAAUAUGAGAGGGAACCAAACCAGAAUAAAUCCUUAGGAGCAGGUGUAUGGGAGUAUCCUUUGAACCCGAAAUCCAGAUCUCCAAGAAUGCUUGUCAUUAAAAAGGGUAGUACAAAAGAACUGCAGAUAUCUGGAUUUCCUGUAGUAGGAAGUCUUCAUUCACAGCCAGUAAAAAACGGUACUGGCACAAGUGUUUAUAAAGGAUUGGUCCCUAAACCUGCCACUCCACCUGCAAAGAAUACACAGUGGAAAAACCAAGCAAAAGAAAACAAACUUGUGAAUCCAUUUCCUCACGAAUCUUCAUGUGGCAAUUUCAGUCCUUUCAAAUCAAGUGCCAAGGCAUUUUCUAUAUCCCAGAACGCAGUGAAAGAGUGUAAUCGGUCAAAUUCUUCAUCCCCUGUUGACAAAGUUGGUCAGCCUCGUUUAACAAAAUUGACAAGAAUGCGGACAGAUAAGAAGAGUGAAUUUUUGAAAACACUGAAACGAGACAGAGUGGAAGAAGAACAUGAGGAUGAGAAUGCUGGCCAGGAGAAGGAUGGAGACUCCCUUAACUUGUGUAACAGCAACAGUCCUCAUCAUGAGAGAGAUAUAAACCGAAACUUUGAAAAUGAAAUUCCACUGGAGAAUGGCAAUGCUUCAGUUACAUCUCAACAGGUCAUUCGAUCUUCAGGUUUCCCUCAGGAAGAUAUUCUUUCAAGCUCACUUGAGGCAGAGCAUAGGUUGUUAAAGGAAAUGGGCUGGCAGGAAGAUAGUGAAAAUGAUGAAAUAUAUGCUCCACUAACAGAAGAUGAGAUGAGGGAAUUCCAAGUCAUUAGUGAACAGUUACGAAAAAAUGGUCUACGGAAAAACGGCAUUUUGAAAAAUGGCCUUAUCUGUAAUUUUAAACUUAGCUCCUGGAAAAACAGCACUUUCAAACCUGCUCUGGAGAAUGAAGAUUCUGAGACGAGCAGCAGUGAUACAUCAGAUGAUGAUGAUGUAUGAAGAUUUCUGUGACAUUUCUAGAAGCUUGUUUUGAUACCAUAAAAAUAUGGGGAUAUAUUGUUUAAAAAAAAAAAAAAAAAAGAAAUCUAAUAUAUGUAGUAACAUGCCCAACUAGAGGAAGAAUGAUGGAAUGGCGCUCUGAAGAAAGCAAGGAAUGUUGUGUUGGGUGUGUUGAACAUGACUAUAAUUUCUUUGUAAACGAAUGUUGUAGAAUGAGGACUUGGGCUGACCCAGCAUUGACUGUCUUCAUCGCUGCAGCAUUUCUGACUAGCAGUGUGACAGUGUAACAGUUCAGACUUUCUCAUUUAAUAAUAAAAGCAAGAAUAAUUGUGUAAUGUCUUGCAAAUCUUCUGUCUUAAAAUGUCCAUGUCUCCAGAGACAAAACAGGCAGCGUGACAUAGUGUUUGGCUUCCCAAAUCAUUUUUUAUUUGUCCUUACAGUGGAAAUUCUUGAGUCCACUUUAUAUGCAAAAAGGGCAGCAUUGCAUGUUGGAUAAAUUGAGCAAGGGGCACUAAAACUCUUUUCCUUAGUUGAGCUGCUGUACUCUUCUACUUCUUUCACACAUAAUUGGUCUUUAGUUAUUGUAGUGUCAUUGUUAUUAAUAGCAAAGAACCUUGAUAUUAUGGUUCCAAAUUUUUAGAACUAAGCUUUAAGUUGAAAGCUUUAUAGGAUAUUGUAAGACCCAGUAUUCUCAAACAUGCAGAAAAAUUAUUACACUGACUAGAUUUUGUCCCCCACAUGCAAAACAAACUGAUAUAUAGGGGUAUCGUCUCAGAGCAUAGCAUCAAGGGUGUUGUUUUUAAGACUAGUAAAUUUUGUUUGCAUUUAUAUUAAAUGUAUGCUAGCAGUAAUCACUGCAUUUCAGAGGAAGACAAAAACUAUUCUUACCAUUAUAUCUUGCUUUAAUGGCUACAGAAGUAUUGCUUUUAUAGCAACAAAAGUAUAUCUUUAACACAUUUUAAAACUAGUGUUAUUUAUAGUUUGUUUAGUUCAUUACAUUUCUUAAAAGUAUUUUCUGCAAGGUGGUACAAACUUUGUGGCAUUAAUCCACAAGCACAACAGCUCUUGAUGAUGUCAUGCAUAUUUAUAACUCAGCUUAUGUACAGACAUUCCUUCUUUAAGAUACUUUUAAAUUGUACUACUUUUAUAUAAGUAUUUCACAGUUUUAAACUCUAAAGAAAAUAUAUUUAUGAAAAUGGGAUUUUUUUCCCCCCAUGUUUAGCUCUUCUUAGGGAAAGACUUUUUAUAAGGUGACAUCUAACAAUUCUGGACCAAAGCUUUUAAUAUAUAUGCUUAUUUAGUUAAAAUAGGGUGUUUAUUUAAGAAGUGAUUUUCUAUUUUCUUUUUUUGGAACAGUCAUGCAAAUGUUGAUGUAGUUAACUUUGGUGCAAUGUUUUUAAAUGUGUUCUUUUCAUGUCUAAAUUUAAGAGGAUAAUUUUUUUUAAUGAAAAAUUGCUGUAUCAGUAAUUAUAUUUUUGCUACUUUUAUGCCUUAAGUACUUUCUUUUUCUUUCCCUUCUCCUGUGUUUUUUUUAAACUAACUUUGAUACCAUUGUAAAACUUGGUUUUUGGUUGUUGCAUCUGUUCAGCAAAAUCUACUGCCUAUCUUAGGUAUUAAGUUGCAUGUGAAUACACUUAUUUUGCUUCUAAUUUCUUUUACUACUAAUUUCAUGCAAAAUAGACCAAUUUUGUUUUCUCUACAGUUCAAUGACAAAUAUCACUUCCAUAAUUAAUGUGUUGGGGAAUAAAUUGUUUUGACUUUUCA